AUGAGUUGUCUGGACUGCAACAGGGGAUCGAUCCUUGAAGGCCAGCCCACCGGUUCAUUUACCGAUAUCGAUGGCGUCAAGGGUGGUCGCGCGGUCAUCCUCCUCGGCGAUGGUUUUGGCUUACCGCUCGAGCUGGCUUGUGACCCGCUUUUGGACGUGAAUGGGAUGACAGACAACCUCCUGCCGAAGCGACCGCCCCUCUGGGACAAGAUAAAAUUCGUUGUCAUGAUUCUACUGCCGCGCAGUGGGCUUAUGCGUCGGGCCGCCCUGAUUUCUUCGCAAUUCAUCAAGAGAAUUCGUGAACAGUGGAAAUACGACAGAAUUGGUGCUGUCGGAUACUGUUUUGGAGGACCUCUCGGUGUGAGGCUAGCCCCACUCGAUAUCUUUGAUAGCUUAGUAGUUUGCCAUCCCGGGUGGGUCUCUGAGGCUGAAGUGAAGGCAAUCAAUGUCCCUACUUCCUGGGUGUGUGCGGAAGAGGAUAUAACUUUUGGUCCUGCUAUCCGUAACCAGGCUGAAGCACUGCUCGCAGCUCGUGAAGGGAAGGAUGAUUUCGUCGAUUACGAGUUCGUGGAUUAUAAAGGUACCGUUCACGGAUUUGCCUGCCAGCCCCCUUUAGAAUUCCCUGAUGUCAAGGAGGCGUUUGAGAAAUCUAUCGAUCAGACCCUGAAGUGGUUUGAGAAAACACUCCUGGUGACCUAGGAGGCUUCGACGGUGGUAUGAUGUUUAUGAAAUUCUAUAAUUUCCUGUUCUGAGUUUCGCAUCUUCUGAAUCCGAGUCAUGUUAAUAUCUUAGCUUCUUUUCUUUAAGUUGCUGUUCAAUCCUUUUUAACACAAGUCUCAUUGGUCCAAUGCGUUUGAACUUUCAUGGCCUACCUUGGGACUAGUCCCUUUACCUUUCGCGCUCCGCUCUCGACUUGUCGAUCAUGCCGAGUGAUCUUAAUGAUCCCGAACGGUUGAGCAUUUAGGGGGUAGUGCCUGCUCGUUGUCGUGCCAG